GAAAAGGCGGCGGAGAGGAAGGACAAGAAGGAGAAGAAGGACAAGUCCAGGGAUGCGGAGAAGGAGCGGGCCGAAGAGGAGACCGACAAGGAGGCUUCGGAUGACGACAAGAAGGCCAAAAAGGACAAAAAGGACAAGAAGAAAAAGGACAAGGACAAAGAUGACGAGAGGAAGGAGGACGAGGACGUCAAGAAAAAGGACAAGGAGAGAAGUCGCAGUCGGGACGAGAGACAAGACAAGAAGCGCGACAGCAAGAGUCGAAGCCGUGACAAAAAGAAGGACAAGGACCGAGGUGACCGAGACAGGAGUCGCGAGAAGGAUAAGGACAAGGACAAGGACAAGGACAAGAGAAAAGAGCGCAGCGGCAGCCGAAAGAAGGACCGGAGCAAGAGCCGGAAGAAGGAGAGGAGCAGGAGCAAGAAGCGCAGCCGCAGCCGGCGGCGUAGCCCCAGCAAGCGGAGGCGGCGCAGUGGCUCUCGGGAGCGAGAUCGCAGCAGAGACCGCGACAGGGACCGGGACCGCCGAGACCGCGACCGCGACAGGGACCGGGACCGCCAGGCCACUCGCAACAGAGGCGGCGCCAUCUCGCCCGAGUCCAUGCCGACGGGAAGGGGGGACCGUGACCGAGACCGGGACCGAGAACGAGACCGGGGCCGAGACGCUCCGUCGUCGAUGCCGCCGCCUUCGGCGGCGCCCCCGGCCAAUUUCCGCUCUGGCGACGCGCCUGCGGGAGCUGGCGCUGAAGGCGACGCCGGCGGGGGCAAGCGCAAGAGGAAGUCGAUGUGGGACGAGGAGGGCCCGAAGUCAGGCGUGCCAGACUGGCUGCAGGACCUCAUGCCCAAGGCAGAACCUGGACCACCUCCUGGCGUCGACCCGUCCAGAUUCAAGGUGCUGAAGAUGGCCGCCGUGCAGAUUCGGGCGCUGAUCGGCAAAGGCGGCGAGACGGUCCAGGACAUCCGCCACCGCAGCGGUGCGGACAUCAAGAUCGAGUGCGGCCUGAACGACCAGCAGGGCAACGUCUCGUUUGUCGGCGACGUGGAGAAAACGGAGCAGAUGAUCACGGAGGCUUUGGCUGCCAAAGGCUGCCCCCUGGGCAUGCCGGUGCCGCCCCUCGGCGCCCCGGGGCUGCCGGGCAUGCCAGGCAUGCCGGGGAUGCCGGGCCUGCCGGGCCUGCCGGGCAUGCCGGGCAUGCCAGCGGGCUCGUUAUCUCUCUUGGCACCUAUGCGAAAGUAUGUGGGCAGAGUCCAGUACAUCAAAGAUCUUUCACUCGGCUUGCCUGCCACUGCAUUGCUGUACAACUCCAUCGCCAUCAGCGUGCUGGGGUUCGUCUUGCAGCUGAUCGAGCCGACCGCUGACCUCCUGAAGACCGAGCGUGCGAUGCUUCGCAAACUGGUCGCUGGACCAGGGAACUGGCUGCCCCCGAAGUACGAAUUCAAUCUCGACCGGACAACCCUGCUGCUUGUGCAGGUUCUUCGCGAGUGUUACGUUCUACCCGAGUCCGGGGCUCCCGAGGGGCCCAAGCUGCCCAAGGACCGCGUGAUCGCGCGCUGGGUCAACUGCGGAGUGCCUGGCGGCUUCCUGGCGGUGUCGGUGUACCUGGUGGCGGCCAAGGGCCUAGACGCGGAGUCGAAGCUCAUCCUGGGGCAGCUGGGUGAGUACUUGGCCUACGUGCAGGCUGGGAGUCGCAGUGCAGAGGCCUGGAGCUGCGGAGACCACCUCGAGUCCGACGGGGGCGUGGACUGGGAGUUCGGCAACUCCUUCUCGGCCGCCAGACUCACCCUACGUGCUGCGAGUACGAGGCUCCCAGGGGCGGAGGCGCUGGGCGAGCCAUCGGCGCCUGGUUGGAGGCUCGACAGCGUCCUGGGGCCGGGCUACCAGUUGCCCGUCAGUGCCCACGCGGAGUCGCUCAAGCACUUCAGGGCUGGUUACGACGAGGACUGGGCGGACGCUGUGCUCGGCCUGUACGGCGACACGGUGGAGGACCCAGUCGAGGCACCCAGCGGAGGCGCAGCCGCUGUGACGCUGGACGUGGCGGCGCUGGAGCCGCAGGGGAUGGUGGACUUGCUCUACGGCGAGUUUGCCAAGUUGAUGGAGGCCGACCUGCUUGGUGAGCGAGUCAUGGCAGAGCUGGACUCGCUUGGUAGGAUACCUGAGGGAGUGCGGUCCCUCGCAGCGUGGGGGUCUCGGCACCACCCGGCGCUGGAGCUCGAGCCGUGGGCGGGUGAGGCACAGCAUGCUGCAGGCGCUGCCUACCAUCGUGUUGCGCAGGUUGGAUGGCCACGCAGCAGGCUCGUCACGAAGACCUGCGGCUGCGCCAUCAUGAUCAACGAGGCGUGGUUCGGCAAGAAGGACAUCAUGCCUAUUAUCACGCCACCUGCUGCACUGCGCUUCGUUGGCUAG